GCAAUAAAUUAAUAUAGCAUAUCAAUAUGAUUACGGCAAUACAUCAAAAAAUUUGAUAGACCUUGGAUAUAUAAGUAACGAUAAAAUUUUAAAAGGUGUACUGAAAUACUGUUGACAAGCCGGAGAUAAAUCAGUGUUGAAGAAAAACGAUAGUUGUAAAAGUAACGAUAAUUUGUCAAAAGUUACAUUUUGUAAUGAGCUGUUGAAUGGAAAACUAACAUUAUUUCAAGAUCAGAUAACAGGUUUUUCACGGAUUUGUGAAUAGCUAAUUUACCUUUUACUUAUUACUUGAGGGGAUAUGACAACUGUUGUUUUCACUCAUUUUACCUACACUGAAGAUGAAAUGAAUUGGAUAUAGUGGAGAUUUUACUCUUGGAAUACAAUUUGCAAAAAAAAAAUCAACUUAAGCAAAAAAGAAUAAAUUGUUCAAAAGUGAGACAGAAUAUCUUUAACUAAAUGCUUCUUUAUCAGUUCAUUACAAAAAAGCUUUGUUUUUUUAUUUACAUUAAAUUGAAAAUACAUUAAUUUAAAUGUUUUACGUUGCUUAAUUAAUUAUUAUUUAAAAGUUAUUAAUUCCUCAAAAUUGACAAGGUACAGUUGUCUUACCAAAUGGUUAUGAAUGACACAUCUAGAUUAUUUCAAGAUUAUUUCGUGAGAUCCGCUAUUGUGUUUGCUCUAGCGUACCAAAGAUUUAAGGAUGAAAUAAAACAGUACGAUUUAUGCAAAUUUGAUAUUAAAUGAUAUCAUACAGUACAUGCUUAUGAAUUAGAUCGGAGUAGUCAGUGUUUUUGAGAUGUGAUAAUAAAUAACUUCGGAGUGUGUGUGUUGUUUUGUGUUUCAGUUUACAAAUUUACAUGUGCUUUUUACGAUUUGAAAGUAGCGAUUGACGCAUAAGUGAAUAGAAAGUGACAUAAGACCUGAAGUAAAGUGGAUUUUGACGGCAACAAAAUUUUAUGCCGUCGUCAAGUAAAUCGAUUCUAAAAAUGGAUAAGAUUGAAGCUGAAAUAGGAAUGGAUAUGCGUAUCACUUCGUCGCCGAAAGUUCAUUUGAAGAAUUUUAUGUCAGCGUUGAAAACUAUCGGAAAAAAUGGAAAACAGAACAUGGAUGGCCAGUUGUACUGUGAAUCUCACUUUCCACCCACGGCAAAAGGAAAAAUGGAGGAGAAAGUUCGAAAACCUACGGGUCCAGACUUCAUUGACUUGAUAAUCCGUCUCCAAGACAACCGAAUAGAAGACCAACGCUGUGAUAUUUCUUCAUUUUCGAAGGGCCCUGAUUUCUAUGAUAUGCUUUUGAAGUAUCAAAGCAGACGUUACGAAGAUCAGCGGUGUUCGUUACCACUUGCGCUACAGCUCAAUACUGAAGAUGCUUCACCACAGAAAAAAGAUAUUGAUACUAUUAGAGAGUUGUUGAGUAAGCAGGGACCAUAUCCCAUGGUACACUUGCCUCCUGGUUGUUGUUUCAAGAUACACCCGCCCGACCCUGGACCUGAUCCUGGUGGGGAGGAUGGGGCAGAGUCACGGUUACAAGGGUCCUUGAUAGAAAAAGAUGAAACUGCUCACUGCUACAGAAAAUAUUUUCUGUACCAGGAGCAUUUUAACUGUUAUACAUUAGAUGAGAAUGUUGGUCCUAUGAUAUUGUCCUUUAAAGAAGAAUUUCGAGAUGAACAGUCCAUUAUACGGGUAAUGUUGAGAACAAGACAGUGUACACAGCAUAAUGUUUUUCCAUUGAAUUCCGUUGGUGAAGUUCCUAGUCCUAUGAGAUUAGCAAAGUUGAUGUGUGAGGAAUAUGGGGGAGAGCGGUUCCAGCCGGUGUUGACCACCAAAGGUUCCGAGAUGAUUGUACAGUAUGAUGAACAUAGACUAACCAAUAACUUCAAAUUCGGCAUCAUUUAUCAAACUUUUAAACAGACGAAAGAGGAAGAACUGUUCGGGAACGUCCAUCAUAGUCAUGCCAUGGAGGAGUUUCUUCAGUGCGUUGGUGAUCAUGUUCGGUUACGGAACUUUGAAGGUUAUCGUGGUGGGCUGGAUACCAUCCACGGUCAGACUGGACUAGAAUCGAUCUACACCAAAUUCCAAAAUCGCGAAAUAAUGUUCCAUGUCUCCACAAUGCUCCCUUAUACGGAGGGAGAUACUCAGCAAUUACAAAGAAAACGUCAUAUAGGGAACGAUAUUGUUGCCAUAGUCUUUCAAGAAGAGAACACGCCAUUUGUUCCUAGCAUGAUAGCAUCACAUUUUCUACAUUGUUAUAUCGUCAUUCAGCCCAUCAGCCCUAAUACGGAUCAUACACAAUACAAGGUAACGGUGACUGCCAGAGAGGAUGUGCCAUACUUUGGACCACCCCUUCCACAAGAUGGUAUUUUUAAAAAGGGUUCAGAAUUCCGGGAAUUUAUCCUAUCUAAGCUGCUCAAUGCUGAAUUAGCGUGCUAUAAGGCCGAGCAAUUUGCCAAGUUGGAGGAUCGGACCAGAACAGCGUUGCUAGAUUGUCUGUACCAAGAUCUACAGAGGAAAAGUUGUGAAAUGUUUGGAAUCAGUAUUCCCUCCAGUGGUAAAGAGAGCACACGAUUUAUAGAUUCCUUCAGACGGACGUUUGUGGGACGGUCAAAACAGUCCAAUGAUCCAUCCACCCCCACAAAUUCCAGUCGUAAAUCCAAUGGUUCACAGCUUUCUACAGUUGGGGAAAAUGAGAAGGUAUCUCCUUCCACUCCAAAGAAAGGCUUGCAUUUCACCAACUCCAGUAGUUUAGAGAGAAAACACAAAGAUAAAAACGUGUUCCGAUUGGAUAGUUUGAGUACCCAGUCGUCAUACAAGACUUGUGGUAGUGCUCCAUCUAGUCCCCAGUCUAGUCCUAGUAGUUCUUCAUCAUUAUCACGGCUACAGCAUCAUCCCCAGUUGUCACCGUCAAAUUCCGAGUCCAGUUUUAACUCCAUUGAAGAGUACACACCAAACACGAAUACACAGUGUCCUGACGACUCCGAUACAGGCAUGGAGAGCAUGUCUUCUACGGGUACACCUAACACUCAUAUCAAAACAUUCAUGUCCAACAGUUACAAUGAGGAUUCGUGUUGCACCUGCCAAGAUACCAGUUCUACAGACACACCUAGUAAACAGAUGGAAAAAAUGCGGGCAGAAAUACAGCGCUUAAAAAUGGAUAAAUCAGAACUCCUCAGACAGAAUGUUGUGAGUCAGAAAGAUGUGAAAGAACUACGAGAAAGGUUAUCAAGUACACAACGGGAACUACAGCAGUUAAAAAUGAAUAUGAUAGAAAUCAGUGAAGAGGCACAUGUCUGAUUACCAUGGAAACAAGACUUGUCACCUAAAAAAUGUGGUCCAUUUAAAAUUCAUUACUUUUUCAAAUAGCAGAUGUCAUUUAUGGAAAGAUACAAAAGCAGAAAUAUCUGUUCAUUUCUGUUGUGUGGUGUUUGCAAGUUUGAAAGCAGGAAGCUCUUACCAUUUGAUAUACUGGAUUCUUUCAUUAUACAGAUUCUGUUAUUCUGGAUAAUUCCAAUAAACUAGAUUCUUUCAAUAAAAUGGAUUCUCACGAUAUACUUGAUUCUUUCAUUAUGAAGGAUUUUGUUAUUCUGGAUACUUUCAAUAAACUGGAUUCUCUCAAUAUACUGAAUUCUUUCAGUAAACUGCAUUCUUUAGUUAACAGGAGUCUUAUAAACUGGCUUCUUCCGAUAUACUGGACUCAUAUUGGAUUCUUCCUAUUAACUGGAUUCUUUUAAUAUUUUUUUAUCAGAAAUGGAUUCUUUCAGUAAACUGGAUUCUCAUUUUGCUGGAUUUGGAAAUAAUGAGUGGUUAUGAAGAAUUAAUCAUGUUUUGUUGACAACAGGAUUAUUAAAUUGCAGAAUUUUAGCUAACAGUGGCCUUUUACCUUAAUUUACUACAUUUUAUUACUGUUGUAUUUACUGGCAUUUUGAUUUAUUUAGAAUAUGUGCUAGAGACCAUUUGUAAAUUAAGACCAUUUAAUUACUAAUUUCAUUUUCUAUCGUAGUUUAUCCUUUGAACCGUGUGCAAACACUUCCUGCAUAUAAAUACUAAUGUUUAACUCUUAGAAAUGUGGUCUUUCUGUACAGGAUUUGAUUUACAGUACCAGAGAAUACUUAACUCAAGCUUUCACACAAUUUAGUCAAGGUACUUUUUUUUACCCAAGAUGCUGCCAUUGGAUGAAAUUUAAUGUUAAUGUUUUUUGUUUUGUGUGUAACAGGGUAUCAAGAUUUUAAAGGUACAAAUGUAGACUGAUUUUGUGGUAACGGGAUAUUUUCAGAUCUUAGAGGUAAAAUAAUUGUUAGAAUAUUGUGUGGUAACAGGAUAUAUUUAGUUUCAUAUGAACGAAAAUGAAUUCAGAAGUUUUGGUCAAACAGGAUAUUUUUUUAAAAGGGUUGGAUAUUAUGUACAGGGUAUAUAGAAUCUCAAGAUAAUGAUAUUUGAGAUUUCAAUAUGUGUACAUGUAAUGAAUUUUAUAUUGGUAAUCUGGUAAUAACCGGCCUCUGCAUAAAGUUGUUUGGUAAAUAAAUUAAGUGUCCUUGCUACAGAUAGAUGGUUUUGAAUGGCAGAGUAGCGUUUUAUAUGUGUUUUAUAAAUGCGCAUGUUUGACUUUGGUAAGGCAAAUUUUGUUCUAAAUUUUCACACGGAGACUUUUAUUGAAAUAUAAUUGAAAUCUUAAUUAUAUAUGCUUUCCUGUACAUUAAUGAAAUCUCAACCUUCCUAUUAUAUUGUACCACACCCCUGUUUAUGAGGUUGGAAAACAGGAUACCCAGAAACUGUAACAGGAUAGCUUCAGAAAUUGUAACAGAAAUUGUAACAUGAUAGCUCCUGAAAUUGUAACAGGGUGGCUCCAGAAAUUAUAAUUGUACAUUUUGAAAGUUAAUGCUUUUCUACACAGUGAUAAAUCAAGAUAUUUUCAGUACACUUAUUUAAACUACUGUAAAUAACUCUUUACUGAAACAUUUGUCUGUGUAGUUACUAUAGAUAGUCCUCUAGCCAUAUAGUACCGUUGGAGAUUAUUGUUUGAACAAAAUUUAGGGGCUGGGGAGGGGCAGAACAGAAGGUCUGUUGCUAUAUUUUAAGGGAUCAGACUUACUGCAUACAAACCAUGCAGGGAAAUGAACUUGGCCAGUAUGUUUGAACCCUGUGUGCAAGUUAAACAUACUGAAGUACAUGAUUGUGUGAAACUGCCUUUUUUGAAAAUGUUACUUAAAAGGGCAUUUAUUUUCUUCAUUCAUUUUCAUCAUCAUCAUCAUCAUUGUUUCCUUAUGCUGAAAUUUUGCCAAAACGUAAAGAUGUAUUUUGUUGAUGAAUAUUUUAAUCUCUAUUUAUGUAUAUAAAAUAUUACAAACUGGUUCUAAACACUGUAAAUAUUUGAAAUCUAGUCAUUUUAUUGUAUAUAAUAAUAAUUAUGUAUAUAUGUGAGAAAAUAUAUGAAAUAGUGCUUAUUUAUUCUUUGUAUCAGUUGCCCGUCUAUGUGGAUAUGAAUGUGUUAUAUUGAUGGCCUUUUUAUGUGGAUAUGAAUAUGUAUGUUAAUUCCAAGUUUACAUGGAUGUGACAGAUAUAUUUAUUGGAUGUUUACAUGAAUAUGGAUAUAUAUUCAUUGCCUGGUUAUGUGGAUAUGAAUAUAUAUCCAUUGCCUGGUUAUGUGGAUAUGAAUAUAUAUCCAUUGCCUGGUUAUGUGGAUAUGAAUAUAUAUCCAUUGCCUGGUUAUGUGGAUAUGAAUAUAUAUUCAUUGCCUGGUUAUGUGGAUAUGAAUAUAUAUCCAUUGCCUGGUUAUGUGGAUAUGGAUAUAUUCAUUGCCUAGUUAUGUGGAUUUGAUGGAUAUAUAUUCAUUGCCUGGUUAUGUGGAUUUGAUGGAUAUAUAUUCAUUGCCUGGUUAUGUGGAUAUGAAUAUAUAUCCAUUGCCUGGUUAUGUGGAUAUGGAUAUAUUCAUUGCCUAGUUAUGUGGAUUUGAUGGAUAUAUAUUCAUUGCCUGGUUAUGUGGAUUUGAUGGAUAUAUAUUCAUUGCCUGGUUAUGUGGAUGUGAUGGAUAUAUAAAUCUAUGGUUAAUGCGAUUAUGAAGAAUGAUGUUAUUGAAAUCAAAUAGUAUUAUAAUUAUUAUAAUUGAUACAAUUGAACAUAUUUUAAAAAUUCAAUACCAAAAGUAUUUUGUAAGAACUUGUGGUACAGUCUGGUAUUUACUGUGAAAUAUUAUAUACUUGGAGAUUUUUUUUUUCUUUUUCUGAAAGCCGGAAGUCAACUGUUAUUACUUUAAAGGAGAUACAAAUCUGCCUUACUCUCAAAUAGCUACCUAAUUUACUUACAGCUUACAUUUAGUAUACAGUAAUGAGAGAAAGUAUUGGCCUAAUUUUGUCUAAGAAAUUACCCCUGAUUUAUUUUAGUAACCCAAUUAAUUUACAUGUAUUUUAAUUACCACAAUUUUCUUUCAAUUACCUCAAUUUCUUUAUGCUUUUUAUGCCCCCGAAGGGAGGCAUAUAGUUUUUGAACUGUCUGUCAGUCUGUCGGUCUGUCAGUCUGUCCGCAAUUUUCGUGUCCGGUCCAUAUCUUUGUCAUCGAUGGAUGGAUUUUCAAAUAACUUGGCAUGAAUGUGUACCACAGUAAGAUGACGUGUCGCGCGCAAGACCCAGGUCCGUAGCUCAAAGGUCAAGGUCACCCUGAGACAUUAAAGGAUAGUGCAUUGAUGGGCGUGUCCGGUCCAUAUCUUUGUCAUGGAUGGAUGGAUUUUCAAAUAACUUGGCAUGAAUGUGAACCACAGUAAGACGACAUGUCGCACGCAAGACCCAGGUCCAUAGCUCAAAGGUCAAGGUCACACUUAGACAUUAAAGGAUAGUGCAUUGAUGGGCGUGUCCGGUCCAUAUCUUUGUCAUCCAUGGAUGGAUUUUCAAAUAACUUGGCAUGAAUGUGUACCACAGAAAGACGACGUGUCACGCGCAAGACCCAGGUCCGUAGCUCAAAGGUCAAGGUCACACUUAGACGUUAAAAGAUAGUGCAUUGAUGGGCGUGUCUGGUCCAUAUCUUUGUCAUCGAUGGAUGGAUUUUCAAAUAACUUGGCAUGAAUGUGUACCACAGUAAGACGACGUGUCGCACGCAAGACCCAGGUCCGUAGCUCAAAGGUCAAGGUCACAGACGUUAAAGGUAAUUUUUCAUGAUAGUGCAUUGAUGGGUGUGUCCGGUCCAUAUCUUUGUCAUUCAUGCAUGGAUUUUAAAAUAACUACACAUGAAUGUGUGACACAGUAAGACGACGUGUCGUGCGCAAGACCCAGUUCCAUAGGUCAAAGGUCCUAAACUCUAACAUCGGCCAUAACUAUGUAUUCAUUCAAAGUGCCAUCGGGGGCAUGUGUCAUCCUAUGGAGACAGCUCUUGUUCUUUAUUGGCCUUAACAAAGCAGAAUUAUUUUUACUCUAUUCCUGACCAUUAGCCUUAACUAACAAGGAUGGUAUGAACUAGCUUCACGAUUGUAAAAAAAAACCAGAAUGGUCCCCUCUCUAGUAAUGUUACCUUUCCAUCUGCCAGUUUCAAAACUGUGCCCUGAAAUAACCAGUCAAAUGCUAUAAAUAGAUUUAGACUGGUCCAUAAGGAUUAUAUUUUGUAAGCUAGGACCCAGGACUAAAUGAAGAAACAACUAUCACAUAGUUUAUCCUAUUGCAUAGUAGUAGAUUCAGUUUUAUGAAUGGAUUAUCACUUAUGAUAGCAUUUUGUUAUUUAAAUAAUUGUGAAUUUUUCUGCAUUGUCAUAUUAUACUGCUGAGUGUCAUUGAAUUUUCUCAUCUAACAUCUUCUGCUAGAUGUACACAUUGUUUUUUCACAUAAAAAUCUUGAUGGAUCUUCAUAAAACUUGGUAUGGAAUAUCCUUUUAUGGACUUCUCUAAGGCUUGUUGAUAGAAGGUUCUGCUUGACUGAACAUAGGUAGAGAGAUGCUGUUUUAAAUGAUUCUUCCUUUUAUAUUGUUAUAUGGAUCUAAUAGGGCCUUUCUCAGAUUUUACUGAAAUUGUUCUGCACUGUUGCCAGAACUAAAAAUAGAAAAAGCCUUUCAGCCGUUCUUCCCAUGAACAGCUGCAAAACUUCAUCAGUGUUUGUUGGAACUAACUUUUUCCCUCUUAAUUAAAUGGUGGCAUCAUCUUAAGACAGCGUUUUUGUUGAAACUCAGUUUGAAGUUUACCUUUAGCUUGCUGGCACCAAGUGAUUCUGCCUUUGCGACCAGCGCAGACCAUGGUCUGCACUGUUAGCUAUUCAGUCGGUAAAUUUUCAUUGAACACCCCUUCAAAUACUAAAUGGUACUGCCCAAACUGAAUGAUGGACCAGUCCAUUUUAGAAAUUUAGCAGGCUAAAGGUUAAGAAACUGCUGUCAGAUACACAAUAUCCUUUUCCUUUAACAAACCAACGUCUUAAAUUUCCUCUCGGAAAAAAUACACCACAGAAUUUCAAAAAGAAAUUUUACUUUGAAAUUUUUACUGUUGUUAUUUUGAGCUGGACAUGGGGUCACAACAUUCCCUCAUACAUGUACUUAAGUUGCAGCAACAAAAGAUGAAACUUGCUGAAAAAAAGGUUUAUUAUAAACUAGAUAAGGUUGGUCAUUAAAGGUGUGUUACAUAACUAAUACAGAAAUAUAUAUGUAUGUUUUUAUGUAGAAAGACUAUUUUUGAAAUGAUUAUUUUCAUUAUGAAGUAUGUUUACCUGUUAACAUGAUUGAUAUUAAAAGCUGAUUAUAUUUCAAA